GUAUCUCCUCGAAGUAUAGUGAAACUGGCUCUCUCCUGCCCGUGGACUAGCUAACACACAUUAUGUUAGUGAACCACGUAAAUCGUGUGUCAUGUGCUUUCUGUUUUUCGUUAUUUCUUGCUUUGUCGAAUUCUCCAAUUUCCCGAUCCGCAGAAGACAGUCGUGACAUAUAUUACGUUAUUAUAUACAAAUCUAACUUGCAUUUUAAUUACACAUUUUCAUACAAAAACCUUUAUAGUACAAAUUGAACUUGUACCUUAUAUGUUAUAUUACAAAUUCGACUUGUACCUGGAAGUACCAAUACUUCAUAUCAUAGUAGACGAGCUUCUUGCAGAGAUCGCAUAAAAAGAGUGCACUUUUACAAAUAAGGACUUGGUCUAGUGGUAAUAACACUAGCCUAGAACCUGGAGGUCACAGGUUUGAAUCUCAAGUAGUAUUUUAAUCACAAAAAGUAAAAACCUAUAUCGUUGUAUCACCCUUGUUAAAUAAAUAUUAUAUUUUUGACAUCUUAGUUUCACUAAAACUAAGAUGUGUAUAGAGUGGGCUUGAACCCAAAGGAAGACCGCAAACAAGAAAAGUAAAGAAAAAGAUAAACCCACCUAAAACAAACCCAACAAUGUAUCAAUAAACAGAAGACAAAGCCCACAAACAAAGAGAGCCCGCUGAAGGUCAGACUUUGCAACCUUAGCCAAUCAUGAACCUCCAAAGUUGCCAUCGAUUGAAAGAUAUGCCCAAGACUCUCCUAGAUUUGGUGUGUACCUUUUUCAAAAUAGUGAAAAUUGGUAUGAAGGGCUCACUUAAGUACAUAUUAAUACAUUAACAUAUGUAUGUUGACCAGGACGAUGGUAAUAUAGUCUAGUUGGUAAAAGGGUUGGGUUUCGGGUUUGGGAUGUGACAAGGUCCCAGGUUCGAAUCCCAGUACAACCUUCUUGGUGUUCCCGGAGGCACCCUUUGUACAGGAGACGAAGUCUCCCCAAUGAUGAUAGCAGUACGUCGUGCACUGCACCGGGAAAAAAUCAUUGAUGGUUAGUAUGCAGGUACCCCCAGGUUUAGUAGGCCCCGCUGUCACUCAUGUGACAUGUGGGUUGCUGAGGUUCCUAGGUUAUCUAAUAAAGAAAUCUAAACCAUACCUAUCGAUAGACCGUUAAUUCCACAUGUUUUUACCCCUAUUCUUGAGUCGUUUGAGAUAUCGAUUCUCGUGUUUUAUGUCGAUUUCACGCUAGGUUGUUCUUGUUUGUGAUAUUUCAGGUCCUAGUACGUGAAUGAAGGUUUGGGAACGAGUUCGGGGUCAAUUGGACGAAGUUUGGACGUUUGGCGAGAAGCUGAGAAGUCACACGAGCAUGCCUAAAAGCCACACGGCAGUGUAGGGGACCCCUUGUAGCCUUGUGGAAAUUACAGGGAACUCACACGGGCACCCUGGAAGUCCACACGGCCGUGUGGGUCGUGGCCGUGUAGGAAGCCUGAAGCCACUUAUCGAAACUCCGCGUUUUAACACUUACACGGGCAGCCUGGGAGAGUCACACGGUCGUGUGGCCUGGCCGUGUGAGUCGGGAAAUUCUGGGUUUUAACCCAAAUUCGAGCCAAAGGAGAGGGAGAGCUGGGUUUUGGGAUCCCAAACACCCAAGGGACGAACCAAAGAGAGAGAGGAUGAUUUGAGGGCAUUCUUGGAGUGGAACUGGAGGAUUUCUUCGCCUUGGAAGCUCAAGGAAUAAGCCCGGACUUGAAGACUGAUCAUCUGAAGAUUCUUACUGCAGUCUCUCUCUUCUCUAUGGAGUAACUUCCCUUCACUUAGGUUUUGAGGAACCCUAGCUAUGUUUGUUUGAUUGGAUGAUUGUAUGAGUACUCUUACUUGAUAAUCUUGAGUUCAUAUUCAUUCUAUGCAUGUUUUCAUGAUUCAAUUCUGCUUUAGUCGAGAUUAUUGAUUCUGCUUUGAUCAUAUGAGAGCGAAUACCUGAUUAGUUCAAUAGAGCACCAUAGAUUGAUAGUAGUGGAUCGAUUGCUUUAGUCGAGGGUUAAUUCACUCCUUUGUAUCGAGUGAGAACCUCUUUCUAUAGAGGGGGUCUAGUUCAGAACGCCUUGAUCGGUUGUUCUAGAGAAGGAUACGUCCCUCUAGGCAAUCGACUCAAGAGGGCCUUGUUCCUUUAGUCGAGACUCAAGGUCUAGUCAAGGAUUCUCCGCAUUGUGAAUGAAAGUGAAACAGGUUUGAGAUCAUCAAUCAUUAAUCUGGCUAGUGGCUAGGGGGAAUCAUACCUAAGUGAGUUCCCAACCUGUAAUUAGAUUAACUUUAACUUUAGUUUGCUAGAGUAGUUUUAGUUCUUUCAUCUUAAUCUGGUUUGCUAGAUAAUGAACUGAAGCUGAGUAAUAGUAACUCUAGAGACUCGUGGAUUCGAUAUUUAUUACUUGAGCCACUAUACUGCAGUCCCUUUCAUUGGUUACACUUGGUCAUUGUUAGGAGUUGUGUCAUAGCGAGUCAAGUUUUUGGCGCCGUUGCCGGGGAAUUUUUAGAUUAUUAGGAAAGCUAGAAGUUUGUUACUUUAGCGUUUUUCUUUUCUUUUCCACCCUUGCUUUUCACUUGGGUGUUUUUGUUUUUGUUGGUGUAGAUUUGGAUCAUGGAUCCUCAUGGCUUCUCCAAUCAUUGGGGGUAUCCACCACCAUCCGAGUGGUAUUACCCCGAGACCGCCUGGAGCAAUCAAGGAGGAGAAGCUAUGGAUUCGGGUUCCAGUACCAACCCCCUUACUACGUUGAACAAUCAGACCCCUGGGCAUAUCAAGAACAACCUUCUUAUCAAGAAGAAUUUCUCCCACAACCAGAAGGGCCAUCGGAGCUGCAGUUACCCAUGGUGGCCUUCAUGGGCCAUUCUGCAGAGCCAUGUUACACUCCACAGCCAGAUCCAAACUAUGAAUUGAGGCUUCUCAUGGAGCAGUUUGCUCGAGACAAUGAGAGAUCAUGCUCCAGGAUGGAUCAUUGUAUCCAGGCCUAUCGUGAAACAGAGGAGAUCCUACUGAGCCUUAAGAAGAGCGUCAAUGAUCUUGAGCGAUCUUGUGCACAACCUGCUCCAGAUCACCCUCCUGCUACCAUACUAGAAGAGGAGGAGGAAGAAGAAGGCUACAAGGACAUGGUGGAGCACACAGAAGUUGUCACGGAGAGCUCCCAUGAUGAUCAUGAUCAGGAAUGUCCUGUCGUAGCCGACCACACCUUCCCACAUCCCAAACUGAGCUUUGAAGAGGCGGGCAUGAGUGAGGAGAUGCAAGAAGAUCUCAUGAAAGAAAUUGCUUGGUGACUUGCCCUCCAAUCCGUGCUAGAAGAAGAAGAGCAAGAAAGGGUGCAGAAAGAAGUUGUGGAGGAUGACGAAAGUGAAGCAGGAGGAGUUCUUGAUCAUUUCCUAGGGGUGAUACCACAUGAACAAGGAAGGGAGGUUGAAGAAGCAAUUGGCGUCUAGCCCGAGGACGAAGUUGAGGUGGAAGAGGCCUGCAGCGGUCAUGAGUUGCAAGUAAUAUCCCCACCAAACUUCGAGGAACUGCUUAGCAAGGACCCAUUUGCAGUGUCUCUUUGCCAAACCAAGGCCACAUCGACAUCGGUUCCUCUUGGUGGACGCGAUGGUGGUCAAUCGAUGCUGUCAUAUCUAGUUUGGGGCAAUGAGACGAGAGAAGAGAAGAAGAGGUUUCGAGGGUGGAGACGUUAUCUGCAUCAAGUGCACGAGCUUCCAUCACCUGUCAUAUCACAUGCUCGAUACUUGAGACUCCACCUCAUCGACGAGAACCUCAACUUCAAGGAGGUUUUGGGGUGGACCGAAACUUAGGAGCCAUCGUCCGGCUCACGACGUGAAAGAAGCGCUUGUUGGGAGGCAACCCAACCAGUCGGUUUGCAUUUCUUUCUCUAUUUCUCCUCGGUUGAGUCAGUUUUGUUAUUUGAUUUUAGAGUCAAUAACAAAACCUUUGUGAGAUUUUGUGGUAUUUGUGUUCCGACUACUCUCUCCUCCUGGAAUGCACCACCUGCCCCGUCCACCAUCAUUCACCCUUAAUCUGGUAACUUCGUUCUACCCUCCUUAUCUUACCUCCAUUGAGGACAAUGUCGUGCUUAAGUGUGGGGGGGGGGGAUGUUCGAUUAUGUAUGCGGGUGAAUGUUGCCUGUUUGUGCGCUUGGAGCCUAGUCCACUGUCCAAAUUUUUAAAUUUGAGGGCUCCAAGUACGUGUUUCCUUGCAAAUUGCCUGCUCAGUAUGCUUUGAAUUGACAGUCUCUAUAGUAAUGUGCAACCUAGGGAGGUAGUGUAGCACUAUGGAGGAUGUUGAAGUAUAAGAUUUUUCCUAUCUAGCUCUCUGUUGUGCCAGUUGAUUUUGUGAAUUAGUGGUGCUAAGACCGUUGAUUUCAUGUGGUAAUGGUGACUCUGUUUGGAUUGUGUUAUGGACUCGUGUAUCGAACAGGGUUCUCAUGUGAAAAAUGAAAAGCAGUUGGUCCUCCAUGUCGAAAUCAUUAAAUCUUAAACAUGGGGUAAGCCCAACGUGUGCGGCACCAUUCAUUGCACAAAAUCGGGUUUUGGAAGAGAUUUUAGUGAUCCUUAGUGGGGUACUCCUACAAGGUGAAGCUAAGCUGUCUCUAGUACAAGUAAACCUUCCACCCGUUGAACGGUUUGCCUACUUGAGGAUGUGUUUUUAAGGGCACGGAUAGAGCUUCCGACCCCCCUUAAUUUCAUUGACCCUCCACAUGAGUUGAGGAAAAAGAGUUAAAAGAAGUACUCUGGCGAGCGCCAGAUGUACAGAAAUUUCUCUUGCUCGACUAAUAAGAGUCGACCGUGCGAAAGACUGCAGUUGGAACCCCCGCUAAGUGAAUGAAAAAAGAGAAAAAAAGAAGUAAAAUGGAAGUGAAAAAGGGGUUCCAACGGUGAAAUGAAGUGAAAGAACACCUCGGUAUCGCGAGUCCUUGAUUGUGAAUGGUGUGAGUCCCUUUAUCCAUGAACUGGCUGUCUUACUUCCACUGCUUCUCAUGAUCCUGGCUUGAGUCUAGUACUCGCAUUGAGAGAGAUAGGGAACGUCUUAGAAAACCAGUUGAACUCGUAAGCUGCUAUAUGAUCUAGGAAAUCCUCUAUCGACGAUCGGGGUUGCUUGUUGCUAUUGAGGUCUAGAGAGUUGCAUUGGUUUGAGUUAGGUUUUCUUGGGGACAAGAAAACGGUUAAGUGUGG